AUGACGACCAAACCUACUCAGAGAGAGAGCAUGAUUUCCACCAGCUCUGAGGAGAACUCAGAAGCCAUUGCACUGGAGAUGCGGAGACAGAUAGCAGCAGAGAAGGCACGAAUAGGAAUUGUUUUGUCCUCAAGUUCUGAAGACUUUUCUGGAGCAGCAGCUGUUGAGAAGGAAGAAAAAUCAUUCCUGUUGACAGAAUCUGAGUAUGAUUCGCAAAUUACUACUCCAGGUGAAAAAGUGGAUAUUUUUGAAGAUUCAGAAGAUGCCAGUGAAAUAGGUUUGGAAGAAUUAGACCAAAGAGGAAGCAACGGUGAUGACAAUUUUGAAUUAAUAAUUCAGAGUGAAGAAAACAGAAGUGUGUACCUACCUAGAGAUCAGUUAGUGAGUUCAAGUAUUGAAGACGCCAUGGUAAUUACUGAAGACACAAUGAUGACAGAUGCUGAAGGAUCCUCCAUAAUAAGUGUCGAGGCUGAUAGAGUCGAAGAAAGUCCUUGUAUGGAAUCACUAGAUAGUGAAAUUCGUGAUAAGAAGGCUUUCAUUGAAACUAUAGUUAAAGACAUUGAUGAGAAAACAGAACCAGCUUUUCAAGAGGCAUCAGUUAGUGAUGUUGAUGAUCUAGUUGAGAUGGAUGUCAUGGAAACAGAUGUACUACAUGAAGAACCUGCUGAAGAUGAAGACCUAAGAGACAGAAAGGAGUAUGUCCAAACAAUCGUCAGUGAUAUGGACAGAGACAUGCAACAGUCUGAAGAAAUAAUUUAUGAGACGAUUUCUUUUGAAUAUUUGUCUCGUGAGUCAUCAGAAGACACCUACAGAAAGUCACAUCUUACAGAGGAUGAUGCGCCUUCCAAGGAGCUGAUAUGUGACCUGGUGGAGAUAUCGUCACCUGAAUACCCAUCCAGUGAUCCAUUUGCCCAUGAUGCUAUGUCAAAAGAAUUGAUAUCAGAUCUAGUGGAGAUGGUGUCAGUGCAGUAUCCAGGAGAACGGAUACGACAGGCAGAUAUUACUAGAGAAACAAGUAUCACUGCAGAAACAAUACAUGACACAAAUUGUAAAACAACAGACGAAUCGGAGCCUGCAAGAGUUGACAAAUCAGCAAUGGAGAAUGAAUCAGAAAAAACUGACACAACACAAAAGGAGUUUGAACCAGAAAUAACUGACAUCACAGAAAAAGAGUUUGAAGUGGAACGAUCUCACGUCACAGAAAAGGAGUUUGAACCAGAAAUAGCUGACGUAACACAAAAGGAGCUUGAACAAGAAAUAACUGACAUCAUAGAAAAGGAAACUGAACCAGAAAUAACUGACACGUCAAAAAAGGAGCUUGGACCAGAAAUAACUGGUGUAACAGAAAAAGAUAUUGAACCUGAAAUGUCUGACAUAACAGAAAAGGAGCUUGAACAAGAAGUAACUGACAUCAUAGAAACGAAGCUUGAACUAGAGAUAACUGACACAUCAGAAAAGGAGCUUGAACCAGAAAUAACUGAUGUAACAGGAAAGGAGCUUGAAUCUGAAAUGUCUGAUAUAACAGAAAAGGAGAUUGAAGCAGAGGUAACUUUCAUUUCGAAAAAGGAGCAUGAAUCUGAAAUAACUGAUAUCACAGAGAAGCAACUUGAACCAGAAAUAAUUGGCACAACAGAAACACAGCUUGAAACAGAAAUAAUGGACACUCCAGAAAAUGAAUGUGAAUCAGAAAUAACUGAUAUCAAAGAGAAGGAGAUUGAAGGAGAAAUGACUGACGUCUUGAAAAGUGAACUUCAACCAGAAAUAACUGACAUGUCGGAAAAUGAGCUUGAACCAGAAAUAACUGACACCUCAGAAAAGGAGCUUGAAGCUGAAAUAACUGAAGUUGCAAAAAAGGAGAUAGAUAUAGAAAUAACUGAAACCUCAGAAAGGGAACUCACACCAGAAAUAACUGAAACCUCUGAAAAAGAGUUUGAACUGGAAAUAACUGACAGCACAGAGAAGGAUAUUGAGUCUUAUGAUGAACGUGUUGACAAAACUUCAACAUAUGAUGUUACUGAAGCACUGCAAGACAGUGAAACAGUGGUGACUAUUCAUGAAGUUCAAACAAGAAAAUAUGACUAUGAAGUUAGUGAAUUAACAAAAGAUGACUAUAAAGCUACUCGAACAACAAAAGAUGGUUAUGAAGUUGAGAAAACAAAACUAGAUGACUAUGAAGCUAGUAAAACAAUAAAAGAUGGUUAUGAAGUUGAGGAAACAACAAAAGAUGAUUACGAAGUUGACCAAACAACAAAAGAUGCCUAUGAAGUUGAACAAACAAUAAAAGAUGACCAUGAAGUUGAUGAAACAACACAAUAUGACUAUGAAGUUGAUGAAACAACAAAAGAUGACCAUGAAGCUGAUGAAACAACACAAGAUGACUAUGAAGCUGGUGAAAGAACAAAAGAUGAAUACAAAGUUGCUGAAACAACAAAAGAUGAAUACAAAGUUGCUGAAACAAUAAAAUAUGGUUAUGAAGUUGCUGAAAUACAAAAAGAUGACUUUGAAGUUGACCAAACAAUAAAAGAUGACUAUGAAGUUGACCAAACAACAAAAGAUGACUAUGAAGUUGAUCAAACAAUAAAAGAUGACUAUGAAGCUGGUGAUACAACAAAUGAUGAUUAUGAACUUUAUGAAACAACAAAAGAUGACUAUGAAGUUCAGGAAACAACAACAGAUGAAUAUGAAACUGUUGAAGCAACAAAAGAUUAUUUUGAAAUUGAUGAAACAACAAAAGAUGACUAUGAAGUUGAUGAAACAACAAAAGAUGACUAUGUAGUUGAUGAAACAACAAAAGAUGACUAUGAAGCUGGUGAAACAACACAAUAUGUCUAUGAAGCUAGCGAAACAACUAAAGAUGGUUAUGAAGUUGAGGAAACAACACAAGAUGGCUAUGAAGCUAGUGAAACAACUAAAGAUGGCUAUGAAGUUGAGGAAACAACAAAAGAUGCCUAUGAAGUUCAGCAAACAACACAAGAUGACUAUGAAGCUGGUGAUACAACAAAAGAUGGUUAUGAAGUUGAUGAAACAACAAAAGAUGACUUUGAAGUUGAUCAAGCAACAAAAGAUGACUAUGAAGCUGGUGAAAUAACAAAAGAUGGUUAUGAAGUUGAUGAAAUGACGAAAGACGACUAUGAAGUUGAGAAAACAAUGCAAGAUGACUCUGAAGUUGGUGAAACAACAAGCGAUGGUUAUGAAGUUGAAACAACAAAAGAUAAUUAUGAAACUGACCAGAGAACACAAGAUGGCUAUGAAGUACAGGAAACAACAAGAGAUGACUAUAAAGGUCAGGAAACAAAAGAUGACUAUGAAGUUACUGAAACAACAAAAGAUGAAUAUGAAAUCGAGGAAACACCAAAAGAUGACUAUGAAGUUAGUGAAACAACAAAAGAUGAAUAUGAAAUCGAGGAAACAACAAAAGAUGACUAUGAAGUUCAGGAAACAAUAGAUGACUUUGAAGUUAGUGAAACAACAAAAGAUGAAUAUGAAAUCGAGGAAACAACAAAAGAUGACUAUGAAGUUCAGGAAACAAUAGAUGACUUUGAAGUUAGUGAAACAACAAAAGAUGAAUAUGAAAUCGAGGAAACAACAAAAGAUGACUAUGAAGUUCAGGAAACAAUAGAUGACUUUGAAGUUAGUGAAACAACAAAAGAUGAAUAUGAAAUCGAGGAAACAACAAAAGAUGACUAUGAAGUUAGUGAAACAACAAAAGAUGAAUAUGAAAUCGAGGAAACACCAAAAGAUGACUAUGAAGUUGAUCAAGCAACAAAAGAUGACUAUGAAGCUGGUGAAACAACAAAAGAUGACUAUGAAGCUGGUGAAACAACAAAAGAUGGUUAUGAAGUUGAUCAAAUGACGAAAGACGAUGAUGAAGUUCAGGAAACAAUGCAAGAUGACUCUGAAGUUGGUGAAACAACAAACGAUGGUUAUGAAGUUGAGGAAAUAACAAAGGAUGAUUAUGAGCCUGACCAGAGAACACAAGAUGGCUAUAAAGUUCAGGAAACAAAAGAUGACUAUGAAGUUAGUGAAACAACAAAAGAUGAAUAUGAAAUCGAGGAAACAACAAAAGAUGACUAUGAAGUUCAGGAAACAAUAGAUGACUUUGAAGUUAGUGAAACAACAAAAGAUGAAUAUGAAAUCGAGGAAACAACAAAAGAUGACUAUGAAGUUCAGGAAACAAUAGAUGACUUUGAAGUUAGUGAAACAACAAAAGAUGAAUAUGAAAUCGAGGAAACAAAAGAUGACUAUGAAGUUCAGGAAACAAAAGAUGACUUUGAAGUUAGUGAAACAACAAAAGAUGAAUAUGAAAUCGAGGAAACAACAAAAGAUGACUAUGAAGUUAGUGAAACAACAAAAGAUGAAUAUGAAAUCGAGGAAACACCAAAAGAUGACUAUGAAGUUAGUGAAGCAACAAAAGAUGAAUAUGAAAUCGAGGAAACAACAAAAGAUGACUAUGAAGUUCAGGAAACAAAAAAAGAUUACUAUAAAGUUCAGGAAACAACAAAAGAUGAAUAUCAAGUUAGUGAAGCAACAAAAGAUGGUUAUGAAUUUGAAGCAACAACAAAAGAUGACUAUGAAGUUGAUGAAACAACAAAAGAUGACUAUGAAGCUGGUGAAACAACAAAAUAUGACUAUGAAGCUGGUGAAACAACAAAAGAUGACUAUGAAGCUAGUGAAACAGCAAAAGAUGAAUAUGAAGUUGAGGAAACAACAAAAGAUGACUAUGAACCUGAAGAGACACUGACAAAUACUUCUGAGCAAUACGACGAAGCAGGAAGUUUGGUGGAUGACAAAAUUACUGAAACAACAGCAAAGGUUUAUUUUCAAGCUGCAGUAACAGAUGUUCACGAGGACGAAGAGGAACACAUUGAGUACAUUAGUUCAGAUCAUCUGUUCACACAGAGUGACAUUUUCACUGAGAUGAGGCCAAAAUUUGUCCCAGAAUUAAAAGACCCCGAAGCUUUAUUCUUCCAACUUGAGACUCUUUAUUUCAUAGACGACAAAGGUUUGAAGACAGAACCAACAACAGACUCAGUAUCUUCUGAUAGCAACCUUGACAUAACUGAAGGUAUUCCAAACAUGUCCACUUCAGAACAACUUGACAGUGUUGUAAUUACUUGUGACAAAGAUACCAAAGAUGUAACUGAUGAAGAAGAUGAGAGCACAGGGAAGUUCGAGGAAUUGUUUUCUCUUGAUGAAGACAAUCAAGGCACCAUAGAAACAAGACCAUUUAUUAGUGAAGAAGAAAGUCGUAUGGAGACCAGAGAGAUCCAAGCAUCUCCAAGUGAAGUUGUGGAUAGCAUAGAAACUGAAAUAUGUACACCUACCACAAUAGAACAUUCACUUACUGCAGAUGUUGUGAAGGCAGACCUCUUUUCACCAGAGAAAGAAGAAAGUUCCUAUACCGUUGAUGAGGACAGUGAUGAUAGAGUGGAGCAUGAUACAGUCUUGGAGGAUGAAGUGGGUGAAUACAUCACAGUUGAACGUGUGGACAAGACGGAACAUGUAUCAGACGCUCCUGUGUAUCAUGCAGUAGAACAGUGUUUGGAAAUAACUACAGAAGACAGUGCUGACAUUCAAUAUGACCAGUCGCAACUGACAUGUGUAGAUGUUAGUGGUGAAGGACAAAUCGGUGAUGAUAAAACUAACCUCUUGAAAAGACAUGUCUCAGAAAUGUCUGUUGAACUUAAUAAUGAGGGUCGGCCAACAGUCUUUGAGAGUGAGGUAUGUCUUGACCUCAACAUAGACAAAGAAUCAUCUCAUGAUCAUUCUGCUGAAUUAUCUUAUGCAUUGGAUCACCAAGGGCAACCACAACAGUUCACACGUCAAAUAUCUGAACUUUCUAUAGAGAUUGGAGGUUCUAAAACACAGACAGAUAUUGGAGAUGCAUCAGAAAAGGCAGAUGAAGACAAUGGUGUAGAUGCACCUGGUAGAAAGAGUUUCACAAGCUCGUCCAGCUACAUGAUAGAAGCCUAUCUCAGUGAUGUGACGAGUUCACCUACUUCCCCAUACGUAAUGUCGUCAGCAGAACACAAGUUCUAUCCUAACGUUGCUCUUGUAGAGCUUCCCUCCGAGGAUGAACGAAGUCUCAGCUAUACACACUCUGACCUGGACGACAGUGUCUUUGGGAUGGACACAGAGUCGGAGUGCUCUAAGAGCAGACUGGAUGUCAGUCAGCUGACAGAAGGCGAGCAGUCGGAUUCUGAUGUAAGGUUUGACUACACUCCUGAAAUGUACAGUCACACUGACAGGUCCACGAGCACAGCCACCGUAAUGCCAGUGGUCUUCAAGAGCGAGUACUCCACCGAGAUCAACCAAUACUUUAAGAAUAAACAGACUGGGGAUGAUCAGGAGUGUUCAGCAGUUACUGAAGAAUCCACGGUAACAACUCAUCCUUGUGAACACACUGAUGAGACAUCGGAACAGACGACUGUAGAAACAACUCCAGUCAUUCUUGUUGAUGAAUUUGUGGAUGUUUAUCAAGCAUCACCAACAUACAGUCAGGCUGGAGAACAAGACACUGCAGUUGAAGUCACAGGAGAAGAAUUGACUGGUAGUGAAACUAACGUACUGCAAAGAGAUGAAGAAUAUAUGACGCAGAUGACAAUGGAUACAAUUCAAGAACAUGAAAAGCAUCAUGAAAUAGUUGAUUUACGGGAAUCUCUUGAUCAUGAAGGUGAAUCAUAUAAAGACACAUCUUUCCAAAUUUCAGAUGAAGAUGUGGCACAGCUAUCUGAUGAAGUGUCAAAUGUUUCAGCUGAUGGACAGUCUAUAGCUGAUGAACUUGAUGUUUCUGACUCUGAAGGUGCCUCUGCGAUGGAGAGUAUAUCUAGCUAUGUUCCUGAGAGUACUGACUGGCAAAAGAUUACCUCACACUUUCUGGUAACUGUAACAGAAAUACAGCGUGCUCAUCAAAUACAGCUGUCUGUGUCAAACUCUGAUGCAUCUAAUGGAGACAUCCUGGAUGAAGAUGUAGACUUCCUGGAAGAAGUAGGUGACAGUGGUGAAAUUGCCUCAAAAGAAGCUGAUGAGCAACUUGAAUUAAUAGAAGUGGAAGAACAUGAAACAGUAGAACACGAAGUGAAAGAAACAAAAGAGCAUGAAGUGAAAGAACAGGAAGUGAAAGAAGUUGAAGAAUAUGAAGUGAAAGAAGUUGAAGAACAUGAAGUGAAGGAAGAAGAAGAAUAUGAAGUGAAGGAAGAAGAAGAAUAUGAAGUGAAGGAAGUUGAAGAACAUGAAGUGAAGGAAGUUGAAGAGCAUGAAGUGAAGGAAGCUGAAGAACAUGAAGUGAAGGAAGCUGAAGAGCAUGAAGUGAAGGAAGUUGAAGAACAUGAAGUGAAGGAAGUUGACGAACAUGAAGUGAAGGAAGUUGAAGAACAUGAAGUGAAGGAAGAAGAAGAACACGAAGUGAAGGAAGCUGAAGAACAUGACGUGAAGGAAGUUGAAGAGCAUGAAGUGAAGGAAGUUGACGAACAUGAAGUGAAGGAAGUUGAAGAGCAUGAAGUGAAGGAAGAAGAAGAAUAUGAAGUGAAGGAAGUUGAAGAACAUGAAGUGAAGGAAGAAGAAGAACACGAAGUGAAGGAAGCUGAAGAACAUGACGUGAAGGAAGUUGAAGAGCAUGAAGUGAAGGAAGUUGACGAACAUGAAGUGAAGGAAGUAGAAGAACAUGAAGUGAAGGAAAUUGAAGAAUAUGAAGAGAAGGAAGUUGACGAAUAUGAAGAGAAGGAAAUUCAACAAUAUGAAGAGAAGGAAGUUAAACAAUAUGAAGUGAAAGAAAUUGAAGAACAUGAAGAAAGGGAAGAUGAAAAAUACGAAGAGAAGAAAGUUGAAGAACAUGAAGUCAAAGAAGAGAUAGAUUGGGAAAUGAAAGAAGAAUCCGAAAAAUGGGAGGUUGAAGAACAAGAAGUAGUGAAGAAACCAAAUGUCCAAGAAAAAGAAGAUGAACUGCACACAGAUGAACCACAAGGUGAUGGACAAAAAGAUCCUUCUGAAAUCAUCAACCAGAUAGAAGACCUCAUUCAUCAGAUACCUUUCAGCGACAGUCUACCUUCAUCCAAUAUCAUCACUGCAACCAGUGACCACAAGGCAGAGACCAGUGAUCUCAUUAAUGAUUUACAAGAUAUACUGGUAGACAGACAUGAAAAGCUCGAAUCCACAGAGACAUAUUCUAUAACUCCACAGACUGAACCAUCUGCAGAAGAAGAUACGCUGACUGAGGACAUUAGCCAGCAGACGUGUGUUGUGGCUUCGUUAGAGACACUUGCACAGUCCUGUCUGUCAGAAACAACAGGGUAUUCCUACCUGUCAGCUACACCUCUUGAUGCUGCUGAUUGUAUGGAAGCAGAGGAUGGCCCUUCAGAUGGCCAGGUUGUUGACGAUACAUUGAAAAAAACUCGAAUAGUGGCAACUGUUUUAGAAGCUUUGACAGAAACUUCUGAAGAGCCAGCUAGUAAGGAACGUUUGUCCGAAACUCCAGUGGAUUCUGAGGAAUGGCUUCUAGCUGUAUUCAAUCCAGAAACAGAACAGAUGGAUUACUCCUACGGGUCAGUGGAUGAAUCAGCGAUUGUAGCAGAGCAGUACAGGGAAGAACUGGAAAGUCUUCGGCAUUCACUGUCAAUUGUCUUUGGUGACUCUACAGAAGCACAGGUGGUUACAAGGGAUGAAGAACGCGGAGAACAAGCUUCUGUUGAGCAGGGUUACCAGAGAGACGACACACUCUCUCAGACUCGUGAUGGUGACAGAUUGCUUUCUGGUGAAGGUGAUGAACUGGAAAAACAACAUGUUGAACUGAUGGAAAAACAGGUUGAUGUGUCUGAGACAGAUCAGCUCACAUCUUUGAUGGAAGAGAGGUUUGAAGAACUGUUGAGUUUCUACGAUGAUGUGUCAGAGGAAAUCGUUAGCAGUGAUAUAUCACCAGUAGAACAGGAAGUAAAGGAUGCUUCUACAGAAGGUGAACAGAUGAUAGAUCAUAGAGAGGAGUUCAUAACUGGAAGGUCUCUUCUUCAAGACUUGGACACUACUGAAGGUUUAACAAUCAAAGAGCAGGCCAGACCAGAGACUCUGGAGACUGACAUUGGAGGUGUUGACAGCACAGCUGAAGAGCUAGUGACUGAAAUUACAGAUAUUGACAGCAGACAUGAAGAGCUAGUGACUGAAAUCACAGAUGUUGACAGCACAGCUGAAGAGCCAGUGACAGAAAUCAUAGAUGUUGACACUACUCGUGAAGAACCUGUGACAGAACUCACAGAUGUUGAAACUACUCAUGAAGAGCAGGUGACUGAAAUCACAGAUGUUGACACAACUCGUGAAGAGCUGGUGACUGAAAUCACAGAUGUUGACACUACUCGUGAAGAACUGGUGACUGAAAUCACAGAUGUUGACACUACUCGUGAAGAGCUGGUGACUGAAAUCACAGAUGUAGACACAACUCAUGAAGAGCUGGUGUCUGAAAUCACAGAUGUUGACGUAACUCGUGAAGAGCAGGUGACUGAAACCAGAGAUGAUGGGAUCACAUGUGAAGCUUUAGAGACCGAAAUCACGACAGAUGCUCUUACUGAACAGGAAGAUCUAAUGACUGAAGUUACAGAAUAUGUUGACAGCAUGUAUAUAGAAAUCACGACUGGAACUGAUGCCACAUCAGAAGACCUGAAGACUGACAUUGCUGCUGAAAUCACGACUGGAAUUGAUGCCACAUCAGAAGACCUGAAGACUGAAAUUGCUGCUGAAAUCACGACUGGAAUUGAUGCAACAUCAGAAGAAUUGAAGACUGACAUUGCUGCUGAAAUCAUGACUGGAACUGAUGCCACAUCAGAAGACCUGAAGACUGAAAUUGCUCCUGAAAUCACGACUGGAACUGAUGCAACAUCAGAAGACCUGAAGUCUGAAAUUGCUGCUGAACUGGAACAGACAAUAGAUCACAGAGAAGAAUUUAUGACUGAAGCUGAGAGACAUUUGUUUGAAGAUUCGGAGACUGAAAUAACAGAUGUUCAUUACAGGCCUGAUGAAACGGAAUCUACUGCAGAUGUUGAUAUUCGAUCUGAUGUCAUGGAAACUGAAAUUUCAGAAUAUGUUGAAACCACAUCGACACAAUUGGGGACUCAAACUAAAUAUGAACAUCUUGGUAGUGAAAUUACAACAGAUGUUGUUUCCAAAUUUGAAGAUCUCGAAACUGAAAUCACAGAUGUUGAUACUACUCUUGAAACUAUGGUACCUGAAAUCACAGACGAAACUGUGACUGAAGUUAAAGAAGAUACUCUUAUCAAUGCUAGAGAUUUGGAAACUGAAAUCACUGCUGAAACUGAACAAACAAUAGAUCACAAGGAAAAUUUCAUAACUGAAGUUCAGAGUUCUGCAUUUGAAGAUCUUGUGACUGGGAUGACUGCUGAAAUGUAUUCUAAACCUAACGAUAUUGGUGCAGUAGUUAGAGAUGUUGAUACUACAGCUGAAGAUUUAGUGACUGAAAUCAUUGAAUCAUUUGAUACCACACCUGAAGGAACCGUAAUUGGAGAUGAAGCACAGGUUGAUACCACACUUGAAGAGCUGGUGACCAAAAUUACUUCUGAAUCUGAACAAACAAUCGAACAAACACACAGAGAACAAACAAUUGAUCACAAAGAAGCUUUCAUUGAUGAACUCGAGAAAGCUGUAUUUGAAGAUACAGUAACUGACAUUACAGAUGUCGACACCAAAACAGAAGAUAUAAGUACUAAAACCAGAGAUGUUGACACUACACGGGAUACAGUUGAAAUCACAGACGUUGACAGCAGACUGGAAGACACAGUUACCGAAAUUACAGAUGUUGACACCACUUGUGAUACAGUUACUGAAAUCACAGAUGUUGACAGCAAACUUGAAGACAUAGUUAUUGAAAUUACAGAUGUCGAUACCAUACCUGGUGAUAUUGGUACUGCAAUCAAAGAUAUCGACACCAUACUUGAAGAUACAGUGACUGAAUUCACAGAUGCUGUCACCAAACCUGAAGAUAUAGUCAUUGAAAUCACAGAUGUUGACACUAGACCUGACGACAUAGUAACUGAAAUCACAGAUGUUGGCACAACACCUGAAGAUACAGCAGCUGAAAUCACAGAUGUUGACACCACUAGACCAGAAGACAUAGUAACUGAAAUCACAGAUGUUGACACAACACCUGAAGAUGCAGUGACUGAAAUCACGGAAGUUGACACAACACCUGAAGAUGCAGUGGAUAAAACCAAAGAUGUUGACACAACACCUGAAGAAGCAGUGGAAGAAAUCAAAGAUAUUGAGACAACACUUGAAGAAGCAGUGACUGAAAUCACAUCUGUUGACACAACACCUGAAGAUGCAGUGACUCAAAUCACAGAAGUUGACACACCUGAAGAUGCAGUGACAGAAAUCACAUCUGUUGACACAACACCUGAAGAUGCAGUGACUGAAUUCACAGAUGCUGUCACCAAACCUGAAGAUAUAGUCAUUGAAAUCACAGAUGUUGACACUAGACCUGACGACAUAGUAACUGAAAUCACAGAUGUUGGCAAAACACCUGAAGAUACAGCAGCUGAAAUCACAGAUGUUGACACCACUAGACCAGAAGACAUAGUAACUGAAAUCACAGAUGUUGACACAACACCUGAAGAUGCAGUGACUGAAAUCACAGAAGUUGACACAACACCUGAAGAUGCAGUGGAUGAAACCAAAGAUGUUGACACAACACCUGAAGAAGCAGUGACUGAAAUCACAGAUGUUGACAAAACACCUGAAGAUGCAGUGACUGAAAUCACAGGUGUUGACACAACACCUGAAGAUGCAGAUACUGAAAUCAGAGAUGUUGACACAACACCUGAAGAUGCAGUGACUGAAAUCACAGAUAUUGACACAACACCUGAAGAUGCUGAUACUGAAAUCACAGAUGUUGACACAACACCUGAAGAUGCAGUGACUGAAAUCACAGGUGUUGACACUAGACCUGAAGACAUAGUAACUGAAAUCACAGAUGUUGACAUAACACCUGAAGAUGCAAUGGAUGAAAUCGCAGAUGGUGAUGUAACACAUGAAGACGUAGUUACUGAAAUGAGAAAAGAUGAAGAUUUGGUGUCUAAAACUGUAGCAACAUUGGUGACUGAAUACACAACAGAUGCUGAUCUCACACAUGGAAAUCUUCCUGAAAUCACUACAGAUUUACAUUCUGAAACGAAAGACCAAGAAAGUGGAAUCUCCACAGAUACUGAACAAGAAAUAGAUCACAGAGAGGAAUUCGUAAAGGAAGGUAGAAAAUAUGUGAUAGAGGUGACGUAUAGUGAUUCUAGUGAUGAUGAUGAAGCUUUGGAAACAGAUCAUGACACAGAAGGUUUCAGUACCCCUGGUUCAGACAACAUAAUCAAACGGCCUGGUGUCAGCAGUCAAACAGAUGUUCCUGAUGUUGCUGAUUCUGUCUCUGGUGAAUCAACUGUUACUGAUAUAGCAGAUGCAUCUAUUGAAACACUGUCAGGACAACUCGGGGAUGAAAUCACUGCAGACGUGUAUGUCGAUACAAAAACUGAAUAUGUAGUCACCGAAAUAACAACAGACAGGGAUACUGAUCUGAUGGCUGGACAUUUAGAGACUGAAAUUGCGGAAGUCACUGAUACAACUCUGAUGACUGAAGUUCACAAAUAUGCUACACAUGAAAAUGAACAAAUGAUCGAUCACAAAGAGGAAUUUAUUGAUGAACUUGAAAAAACUUUUUUUGAUGAUGAAAUCACAAAAGACGUAGAUGUUGGUGCCAAGCCUGAAUAUCUGGACACUAAUGUCGCAGAAGACAGAGUCAUUGAUGGUGGAUCUGGACAUAUUGAUGUUGAUAUUGGAGCUGGAGAUAUGGAAACUGAAACCACAGAAGACAGAGUUAUUGAUACUUUAACUGAACAUCUUGAGACUGAAAUAGCAAAUAAUGUGGAAAUUUGUGCUGCAGCUGAAGACUUUCAGACUGAAAUCACUGAUAAUACAGAAACAAUUCUGGCAGAAGGCCUUGUAACCAGUGAACUUGAUAGUGUAACAACUGACACUGAACAAAGAAUAGACCACGUAGAGGAGUUUAUCAGUGAAGUCGAGAAAGCUGGGAUUGAAGAUCAGAUUUCUGAAUCGACAUCUGAAGACGUUGAUGUAAAAUUGGAGAUUGAAACAACAGAAGGUGUUGAUAUUGAAAGUGAAAAGCUAGAGGUUGAAAUUACAGACACUGAGGAAGUUAUCACCACAGCUGAAGAUUUGGAGGAUGAAAUCACAGUAGAUCAGUAUCCUGACACUGAAAUCCUUGUAGAUACAGAUACCAGUGUAGUGGAAGGGCUUACACGUCAUGCCUAUGAUCAUGAAGCAAGAGAUGUUGAACAAACAAUAGACCACAAAGAGGCGUUUAUCACUGAACUCGAGGACGAUGGUGUUCAAGAUCUGAUGUCUGAAGCAUCAAAGUGUGAUGUUGAUUUCAAACUUGAAUAUCAAGAGACUGAAACAACAAAAGAUUAUGUUGACAUUGAAAGUGAAAAGCUAGAGACUGAUAUUAAAGAAAGUGAGGACGUUACCACCACUGAAACCACAGUAGAUCAGUAUCCUGACACUGAAAUCAUUGUAGAUACAGAAACCAAUGUCGUGGAAGGUCUUACAUUAGAUGUCCAUGAUCAUGAAACAACAGACACAGAACAAACAAUAGACCACAAAGAGGAGUUUAUAAGUGAACUCAAACAAGCUGGUGUUGAAGAUCAGAUUUCUGAAUCGACAUCUGAAGACAUUGAUGUCAAACCUGAAUAUCUGGAGACUGAAACAACCAAAGGUGUUGUUGUUGACAUUGAACAUGAAAAGCUAGAGGCUGAAAUUACAGACACUGAGGAAGUUACCACCACAGCUGAAGAUUGGGAGGCUGAACCCACAGUGGAUCAGUAUCCUGCCACUGAAAUCAUUGAAGAUACAGAAACCAAUGUAGUGGAAGGUCUUGCAUUAGAUGUCCAUGAUCAUGAAGCAACAGAUAUUGAACAAUCAAUAGACCACAAAGAGGAGUUCAUCAAUGAACUCGAGGAAUCUGGUGUUGAAGAUCUGAUGUCUGAAGCAUCAAAGCGUGAAGAUGUUGAUUUUAAACUUGAAUAUCAAGAGACUGGAGCAACUAAAGAUGAUGUUGACAUUGAAAGUGAAAAGCUAGAUACUGAUAUUAAAGAAAGUGAGGGCGUUACCACCACAGCUAAAGAACUGCAGUCUGAAACAACAGUAGAUCAGUAUCUUGACACAGAAAUCAUUGAAGAUAUAGAAGACAGUGUUUUGGAAGGGCUUACACAUCAUAUCCAAGAUCAUGUAACAACUGACACAGAACAAACAAUAGACCACAAAGAGGAGGUCAUCAAUGAACUCGACAAAGCUGUGAUUGAAGAUCAGAUUUCUGAAAUAACAAAGACUGAAGAUGCUGAUGCCACAUUUGAACAUGCGGAGACAGAAAUAACAAAAGCUGUCGAUGUUGAUGCUGUGCAUGAACAGGUAGAGACUGAAAUUGCAGAGACUGGGGAAGUUACCACCACAGCUGAAGACCUGCCGUCUGAAACCACAGUAGAUCAGUAUCUUUCCACUGAAAUCAUUGUAGAUACAGAAACCAAAGUAGUCGAAAGUCUUACACCAGAUGUCUAUGAUCAUGAAGCAACAGAUAUUGAACAAACAAUAGACCACAAAGAGGAGUUUAUUAAUGAACUCGACAAAGAUGUAGCUAAAGAUAAGAUUUGUGAAUCGACAUCUGAAGAAGUUGGUGUCAAACCUGAAUUGCAGACUGAGAUAACAACAGAUUUUGAUGUUGACACUGAACAUGAACAGAUAGAAACUGAAGUUACUGACAUUGUUGAGGUUACUACCACAGAUGACGACCUGGAGACUGAAAACACAGAUGUUGACACUGAACAUGAACAGAUAGAAACUGAAGUUACAGACAUUGUUGAGGUUACUACCACAGAUGACGACCUGGAGACUGAAAACACAGAUGUUGACACUGAACUCACUGAAGAUGUAGAGACCCGUGCAAUGGAAGGAGUUGUAAGAGAGGUUCAUGGCCAAGUAUCAGCUGAACAAAAAAUAGACCAUAGAGAGGAGUUUGUUGAUGAACUUCAGACAUCUGUAACACUAGAGGACAACAUUACAGACAUCAAAGAUGUUUCUUCCACAGCUGAAGAACUUGAGGUUGAAAUCACAGUAGAUGGAGAUACUGGCACUGAAACCAUUCUACAUACAGAAACCAGUGUAGCUGAUGAUCAUGUAACAACUGACAUUGAACAAACAAUAGACCACAAAGAGGAAUUUAUCGGUGAAUUCCAGAAAGCUGUGGAUCAGAUUUCUGAAACAACAAAGUUGGAACAUGAUGUCAACCUUGAAUAUCUGGAGACAGAGAUAACAAAAGAUGUUGAUUUUGACAAGCUAGAUGCUGAAAUUACAGAAACUGAAAAGGAUACUACCAUAGCUGAAGAUCUGGAGUCUACAGUAACAAAAGAUGUUGAUGUUGACGGUGAAUAUGAACAGCUAGAGUCAACAAUUGCAGCCACUGAUGAAGUUACCAACACAGCUGUCGAUCUGGGUGAUGAAAUCACAGAGCAUGGCCAACUUGACACUGAAUGUACUGACGAGAGCAGUUUAAUGGAAGGACCAUCAGAGGUUCAUGGCCACGAAACAGCUGAAUUUGAACAAACAAUAGACCACAGAGAGGAAUUUCUUAAUGAACUUGAGACAUCUGUACAUGAGUGUCAGAUUUCUGAAAAAGCAGUGCAUGAAGAUGAUGAUGUUAAACAUGGGUAUCUCAAGCCAGACAUAACAGAAGAUGUGGGUGUUGUUGAUACUGAUCGUGAAAUGCUAGAGGCUGGAUUUACAGACAUCAAAGAAGUUGCUUCUGCAGAUGAAGAUAUGGUACAUGAAAUCACCGAAAACACUGGAGAUACAGAAAUCAGUUUGAUUGAAGGGCUUGUAACGGGUGUGCAUGAUCAUGUAACAACAGAAACUGAACAAACAAUAGAUCACAGAGAAGAAUUUAUUACUGAGCUCGAGCAGACGGUAUUGGAAGAUCAGAUGGUCAGUGAAGAUCAUCAAGCACAGCCUGAGUAUAUUGAAUCUGCAAUAAUAAAAGAUGUGGAUGUUGAUACCAAACAUGAACAUCUGAAAACUAAAAGUCAUGGUGAUGAUGUUAUUGCCACUGCUGAGAAUCUGGAGUCUGAAGUCACAGAAGAUCAUGAUGUUGAGACUGACAUCACAGGUAAUACAGAAACUGACGAGGUGGAAGAGAUUGUAGCAGUUACCCACGAGUACAUAUCAACUGACACCGAGCAAACAAUAGACCAUAAAGAGGAAUUUAUUCAUGAACUCGAGCAAACUUUACAUGGCGAUCAAAUAACUGAAACCACAGUAGAUGGGGUCAUUGGCAAACCUGUAUAUUUGGAAACAUCUGAGAUCACAGACGAUGUAGAUGUUGAUGCUAAGCCCACAGAUCAGAAGAGUGAAAAUAAAACAGAUGUGGAUAUCAUACAGGAAACUUUAAAGAUUCAGACCUCUGGAAAUGUUGAUACUGCAAGCCAAUACAGUGAAGUACAAGACAGCACAAUGGAACUGGCAGUGGAUAGUGCACAACUUGAUAGAGAUAGAACUGUUGAAAAAGCAGCUGGUGACUAUGUGCCAGUUACUGAGGAAGAGAAAUCUCAGGAUUCUGAAGGUCGAUGGUUAAUUGCUAGAUACAACCCUGAGACUGGAGACAUGGAAUACUCGUAUGGGUCUGCUGAUUUAACUGAGGAUCAGUCUGUCAUUGAUGGAAGCUGUUUGCAAUAUAGUACUGCUAACAAUGAAGACAUGUCAUUAGAUCUUGCUGAUCAUGAAACUGGAAGUAGUCCUCGGUCGCAGACAAAAGAGGAAUCAGACAAUGUUACUCCAGUAGAUGAACCAAACUACUCUGAUGUUGUAGACUGGCUGAAUGGAGUCCAGCAGGCAUCUCAAGAAUGUCUUCCUGACAGAAGUUACACACAACCAAGUGAACCUGACGAUCUGUCAAGCCAAAUAUAUGAGUCAAAGUCUUCUUACGAUGAAGCAUUCCAAGACCUGUUGGAUUUUGAUCACAAUGUUGAAUCGUCGGUUGAAACAGACUCUUAUAUCAGGACUGACAGUGAAUCGGCGAUUGACCACAAGGAAGAACAUCUGCAGGGGGAAUGCCAGGAGAGUUUGACCAGUGGAGUUACUUCAGGUCAUACUGAGAAACCUUACGAUGUAGACGACGAUACAUCAAGCAAGCCAGAGCAUGAUGCAGGUACCAGUCCCUCAGGGCACCAAUCCACAGAUGAAAUGACGAAAGGCAUCACAGAUGGUGGAGCUGAUGAACACAUUGUUGAAUAUAGUCAACAAUUGCAAGCACAUGUAGUUGAAGAAAUGGAAGCUACAAUACAGCCACCAGAAGAUAAUCAUGUUGAAUCACAGCCAGACUAUUCCACUGAGGUUACUGGUCCAGCUUUCGACCAACAUAUUCAUCUUGGAUUGCAUCCAGACAAUUCCACUGAAGUCAUUGUCCGACCUGAAGAUUCAGGUGACUGGUUGAUAGCACGGUUUAACCCUGACACAGAAGAUAUGGAAUACAGCUAUGGGUCAGUUCCUACAGAAUCAACUGAAUAUCCUCUUAGUUCUGACAAGGCUGAGGGUGAAGGUCAAAUCCCUGAAGAUUCACUGCCAGUACCAGAGACUAGUGAACUAGGCGGAUUGGAAGAGAAUACAACCAACACACUGACAGCAGUUGCAGAAUCUCAUAAUAUCAAGGAACAUCUAGUUUUCACUGAGAGUAUAAUUCCAACAUACCAACAAGUUACAGAUGCUAAUGAAGCCAUUGGAUUAGAAGGCACAGAAUCACAGGCAGCUGAAGAUGAAUAUCAUAUUGAUGCAGAUGUGGCUGAUGCUACCAAAGGGCUCUUCAUUCACACUGACACAGCAAUGGAUGCCACUGAAACUGCUGAUUUAGAAGACAAUAUCGGUGAAGUGCAGGUCGAUUCAAACAUGAUUCUGGAUACGACUAGUACUGCCCAAGAGAAUCUUAUUCAUGCUGAUGACAUCAAAGAUCACCAGGCUUCUGAUGUUGCUGAUGGUGACAGUCUUGAAAAAAGCCUUCAUGAAUUUGAAGAACUGCUGAAAUUUGACGAGGAUGAAGUAGAUCCACAGCAAGCAGUGAGUCUAAGUAUGGAAGAUGAUGCAGCUGGAGAAUGCAGCUUAGGUACAUGUGAUGAUGAUCAGAUGAAGUCAAGUAUUCAAGGAGAUGGUUUAACUGUUGCUACUGAUGAACAACACAAACCUGGCAACAGUGGAGAUACCUCACUGGUAGCCAGAGAUGACGCUGUGCCAGUUAUCGCUGAUUUGGAAGAGUCUAUGUAUGUCUCCAUGUCGGAUGCUGAUGUAGAAGAUCAAUCUGGUGGUACUGCUGAUACUAACAUUUUGACCAUGGAACAGAAUGAUGACUCCAAGCUGGGUUCUGAUAUCAAUGCCUCGUUGUACCUGUCUGCACAUGAAACUUCAGAAACAUGGCAAAGAGAAACAGAAAUGAAAAAAGAAGAUCAAACAAAAAUGUCAUCAGAUGUUGAAGAAGGGUUAGAAAUGAAUGAGAAGGUUGUCACGGAUGUUGAAGAUCAAACAGAAAAUUCAGCACAUACUGCAGACGUUCAAGGUCGACCAGAAUCUUCAGUAGAUGAGAAUGUUGUCACAGAUGUCGAAGAUCAAACAGAAAUGUCAGCAGAUGAAAACGUUGUCACAGUUGAAGAUCAAACAGAAAUGUUAGCAGAUGAGAAAGUUGUCACAGAUGUUGAAGAUCAUUCAGAAAUGUCAUCAGAAGAGAUAGUUGUCACAGAUGUUGAAAAUCAAAUAGAUAUGACAGCAGAUGACAAAGUUGAUAAAGAUGUUGAAGAUCAAACAGAAAUAUCAGCAGAUGAGAAGGUUGUCACAGAUGUUGAAGAUCAAAGAGAAAUGUCACCAGAUGAGAACGUUGUCACAGAUGUUGAAGAUCAAACAGAAAUAUCAGCAGAUGAGAAAGUUGUCACAGAUGUUGAAGAUCAAACAGAAAUGUCAGCAGAAGAGAACAUUGUCACAGAUGUGGAAGAUCAAACAGAAAUGUCAUUAGUCGAGAAUGUUGUCACAGAUGUUGAAUAUCAAACAGAAAUGUCAUCAGAUGAGAAAGUUGUCACAGAUGUUGAAGAUCAAACAGAAAUAUCAGCAGAAAAGAAAGUUGUCACAGAUGUUGUGGAUGAAACAGAAAUAUCAGACGGGAAAGUAGCCUCAGAUGUUGAAGAUCAAACAGAAAUGUCAGCAGAUGAGAAAAUUGUCACAGAUGUUGUGGAUCAAACAGAAAUGUCAGCAGAUGAGAACGUUGUCACAGAUGUUGAAGUUCACACAGAAAUGUCAUCGCAUGGGAAAAUUACAGAUGUUGAAGGAGAUAAAAACGAAAUGUUAGUUGAUGAGAAACGUGCCCCAAAUGUUGACGAAAUUAAACCACUCACACAUGAGAACAAUGUCACAGAUAAAGCAGAUGAUUCUUUGUUAAAAAUGCCAAGUACGAAAACGUCUGACAGUCAAGGAUCAGAAAGUCCAUCAACAACUGAGGCUGAAUAUCUUUUGGCCGAGGCUUUUGAAGCUGGUGCAAAGCGUCCUGUGUUUUACAUCCCUGACAUAGAAGAAAGUACCGAUGUUCUGGAUGAAGAUGAUAAGGCUAUUCUUGGCAUAGAUUCAGAACUGGAGUCCCAAAUAAUUGCUUUAGAAGCUGCUACUACUCCAGCUGCUGGUGCGUCCACUCCGUCAGAUUCGGAUGGACUCCCAGGUGUUCUUACGGUCCCUAUGGAAGCAGUGGAAACAGCGCCUUUGAGUCAUCUUGGAAUUGUCCAGGCAUCAAGUCAAACGGUUGGUGAACCAACACAAGAAGUCAAUGUGAAAGAUCAGAUUCCCGUAGAGGGUGGGAGCAGACAGUCCAGUGUUCCUGCUUCAGACCGUUCUGAGACUGUGUCAGAUUCCCUGGAAGCCCAGUACGAAAUGGUUGUUGUAGAUGACACGGAUGAAGACCUCAAGGGCGAAGAAGACUUUGACGAAUCUGUAGAUGAUGACUGGGUGUUCACUGCCAGUGACCAGGCAGACAAAACAGAAGUUACGUACGUUCCACCACUAAACAAAAGUGAUGCUACUCACGACGAAAGGCCAACAGAUAUCAGUGGAUCAAUGGUAAUGGUAGACUCUACAGACAAAACAGCUGAAGAAAGUGGGUCGUCAACUGCAGAAGGCAGACGUCCUCGGAUUCCAUCACUGUAUCAAAGAACAAUGUCAGCAACCCUCUCAGGUGUGACAGAAAUGGUUGAUUGGACGCAAGAGAUUGGUCAAUUGGAUGAUGCUUUUGAAGACGAUUUGUUUAAAGGAGUUGAUGAUAAGCAGCAAUCUCCAACACAGCAAAGACUGGCCAGGUUUCCGUCCUUUCCUAGCAGAACACUGUCUGGAAGUCUCUCUGAAGUUAAGGAGGAAUGUCAUGAAGACACUGGACCACUACGUGUAGAGGAAACGUUAAUAGCAGAAGCAUGUGCAACUGAAGAACAAAUACCUCAACACUCGAAGCCUGAACCAGAUGUCGAUGAAGAACACGAGUCAGUAUUUAGACCUGAUGCAGAUGACGACUCGAUGUCAACUGACACACUGUCUAUCAGGAAUCCUUACGCUGCUCUCUGUAGCGACUCAACAGACACUGCGUCUGAAGCGGACUCACUUACUGGGAAGAUAUAUACUUUCAAGGCAUCGCAGGAGCAACACAUUCCACAAACAGCAAAGCCAGGUCUGCAGCGGCAGCCAAAUGUUGUUCUGGAGAGUGAACCUUCCAAAGAUGAUGACAGUCUCUCUUCCAAAACGCAAACUAUUUCCAGUGAUCAGCAAAAACCAGCUGCAAAAAGUAAGAAGAAGAAGAAGAAAUCCAAGAAAUCAGAAGGUGAUACUCGAGUAACGUCUGUUUCUGAGUCUACAUUUACUGAAUUAGCGUCUUCAGAUAGCAACACCCAGACAUCUUUAGAUGAUAUUGCCAUGAUUCAGAAGAGUUCUAAAGCACCUGCGUCUGAUCUACCAGAACACGCUGUAUCAGAUGGCAAACUUGAUUCGCCACCAUCUGAAACUGGUACACCUAACAAGGACAUUCGACCUAAGAUGGAUUCAGCUGAGCAGUCUAAUGCUGUGGGUGGUGCCAAGAAGAAGACCAUCAAAAGGUCAACAGCACAGGAAUUGAAGACCAAGGAAACAGAACCAAAAGAAACAGAUAUAAAAGAAACUGAAAUAAGUGCUGAACCUGCACAACCACUGCCAUCAGCUGGUGUUCGAGACAGCAAAUCAGUUAAAGUGGCAAAAUCUACUAAGAAGAAGAAAAGCAAGAAACUUAAGCUUCCUCCUGCUCACUUGGUUCUCCCUAGUGGUCAAUCAGACAUGAAUACAACUGACGAGCAGCAGCCAGUCCGAGUACCCAGUGUGUACGAGCCUCAGGGAGACAGCGCCUUGUGUGGGCCAGCAUCAUUGGCCCGUUUAUCACCUGACAUCUCUUCUCAUUCGAGUCUCGCGGCUUAUUCGCAGGAUAUACUUGACUCUAAACAUCCCUGGACUCUUGACCCAGUUGCUGACUCAAACACAGCGUCUACCAUUACCUCAAGAACAACAUCCAAGGAUCGAUCUUCUAAAAAAGAUAUUUCCAAAGCAAGAAAGUCGCCUGUGCCCCGUGAGCUAGGAACUGUCGAUGUUGUGUCUCGUGGUAAAAGUGGAAGAUCCAAGUCUCGUAGUAGACAAACUGAUGCUGCAGGUCUCGGUGUGGGUUCACGAGUGACUGGUUUGUUGUCAGUCACGAGCGCCAGUGAAACAGAGGCUGCGCAGUCUGCAAGAGGAAAGAAGAAGAGGAGGAAGAGGAAGAAGAAAGAUCUAGCUGAAACAACCAGUGAACCAGUACUGGAAGCGUCAGGGUCGUCAAAAGAUCCAGCAGCCAGUCAAACUAGUGCUUCCGUGUCUUCAAGGAGUCAAUCUGCCAGUCGCACAACCCAGCGAAAAAUGCAGGGAUUGUCUUCUGGGUCUUCCAAAGACCGAUCAACCGACUUUACGUCCAUUGACCAAAGUGAUGAUUCUGAUGAAGAAGGCGAAGGUGUAACAACAUCAGUACGAAUGGCCAGCAAGAAGCAGGGAAGGAAAGAUUCCAACAUAUCACGUGGUCUUGGGUUGCUUGGUGCAAGACGGAAACGGCGUCGCAGAAAGAAUAUUGUUGUUGUUGCAACACCCAAACAUUUUUAGUUAUGGAAACAUCUGGACAUUUCCCCUAGACUGUGAUUUUUGUAUACCCUAUACAAGGUUUAAAGUGGUGAAUCUGGUAUGACAAUCUGCAGCCAAAUUCAUGUUUCAGUUGGCCAAACGAAGUAGAUUCUUUAAGGAUUUGUAUUUGUUUGAGUUUCUAAUUAGCUUUUUGAAAAUUUAACUUUAAUUUGCAAUUGAUGAUUUGAAAAAUUACAGUUCAAACCUUGACUAUAGUAACACUUUGGCAUUUAUAACCAAAUAGUAACAACCAAACGUUCCCAUAUGGACAGACAUUAUAAUAUUCCUGUUAUAGCAAUACCAGAUAUCUCUAGCUGGGUAGCUACAGACAUUAUAAUAUUCCUGUUAUAGCAAUACCAGAUAUCUCUAGCUGGGUAACUACAGACAUUAUAAUAUUCCUGUUAUAGAAAUACCAGAUAUCUCUAACUGGGUAACUACAGAGAUAAUUCCACCUGCACCGUGAAUUGUACAUACUAAGUGAAAAUAAUUAUGUGGCAAUAUAUAGACUGUCGUCCAUAAGCAUUUAAUAAUAACUAUACGUUCUUCGUGAACAUUUGAUAUAAAAGAAAACUAUGGAAUAGUACUAUUUAAGUAUCGCAAUGACAAAAUAGUCAUUGUUGGUAGUAUUUAGUUGUUUCUGGCAGCAUUAUAUAUAAUUUUGACAUCAGUAUUAAUACUAGCGUUAUAAUUAUUACCGUAGCGUGAAUUAUAAACUUAUGGAAUGACUAACAGAAUAAUCUGUUUCAAAACAAAAAUAUUCCACGACGAUUGUACAUCUUGUUCAGAUCAAAUCACUAAAUAUGUCGUGGAGAUUGGAUAACCUAUCACCAUCAACGUACUAAAUAUGUCAUGAAGAAUGGAUAACUAAUCACCAUCCACGUACUAAAUAUGUAAGGAGAUUGGAUAACCAAUCACCAUCCACGUACUAAAUAUGUAAUGGAGAUUGGAUAACCAAUCACCAUCCACGAACUAAAUAUGUCACGAAGAUUGAAUAACCAAUCACCAUCUACGUACUAAAUUUGUCAUGGAGAUUAGACAACCAAUCCCAAAGGGCCUAUAAAACUAUUUUAGAGCUACGAAAUCGUAAAACGAACAUACGCUAUGACGUCACUAUAGCAUGUGCUCUAGUGACAUCGUAGCCUACGAUAGUUUUACAAUUUCGUAUCGCUAAGCUACUUUCGAAAAUCCCAGGACAAUACAAUUCACACUUAGUGUAUUGGAUUUUAACGAUUGUUCUCUGUUCUUUUUAUUUGUACCAGAUCACUUAUUAUUGGCCAAUGUAAUCACGCUAAUGAAAACGUAUUGUUCAAUACGUGUAUAUACACGCUGGUGAACCUAAACAGAACAUAAAACUCGAUACAUGACUAUGAAACGAAUUUGUAAAUCUUUUCACCCCUUGAGAUUUAUUUAAACGGCACUAUUUUAAAAGAAUAAGAUGUCCUAUAUGGAAUUUUAGGGGUGAAAAUAUUCAAAAUGUUGUCUUGGAUAAUGUGACAGACAAUCUAAUGGUUUGAAAUCCAGGUUAGGAUUAGGCAUGUGCCUUUUGAAUUUUUGCUCAAAUCUCGGACAGUUUCAACUAACUCUCGUAUAACCAACCAAUCAGCUACCGCCGUCAUGAGGCCUUAGUGAUGAACUGACAAUUUAAUUUUUGGGGAAGAAGUAAGUUUUGAAAUUGUUUUGUGAAACUCAUUUUUAUUUCAUACUGUGUAAAUAAUUUCAGUUGUAUUUUUCAUAUACUUUUUUUUAAACUUUUUUUUUCUCUCUAAAACAAAUCUUCGUAUCUCUUUCACCGCCAAAAUAGAUGGCCAAUUCCAACCGUAAUCAACCUCUAUUCCCGAAAUAAUUAAAUUGUCGGUACUCCUACUUUGUUUAUAUACACAAAUAUAUUUUUUUUCAACUACAUUAUUUUUGUAUCAGAUGGCAAUGUAUAUAGGUAUACCAAAAGUUACUUCAAUGUUUGAAUGUUCUUUGUGCCAAAUUCAGUACCACAAAGGCCUCAUAUUUGAUAUAUUUGUGAACGGUGUGUGUUAUGUUUAUUGAGUGUGUCUGUUCUAUGUACUUGCUUUACAGCCUGAGGUUUAUUUCUGUUGUUGUAUGAACGUUAAUGGUUAUGCAGACUGGCGGUUACUGAUUGGAAACGGGUGUUAGCUGAAACACUGUCAAUAAGAGAUUAAAAAUAUUACCGUGACCUGGCCUUCAAAUAAGAUAGAUUUUACUUGAUCACAAAUAAACCUAUUACAAGAUGAAGAUUCAGAUCUGUAUUUAUUCUGAAUACAUUGUAGCUCGUGUCACACUGAUAUCAGUGAUAUGUAACAAAACCUAAAUAUGGACUGAAACCAAGUUUAAACAGAGUACAUUACAUGGUCAUCUGUUGAAGCUAUUUAAGGAGACCACCUUAUGUCUGCUGCCGUUAUAACAUGUUUCCGAUUAACAGAUCCUAAUUAAUGACUAAAAUUAAAUAUAUUGUCUUGUUUAUAAUACCAGUGUCUGUGUGUUCAAUAUGUGUCUGGCUGUCCUAAAGUUUGUAAUACCUCAAACUUUGUUUUGCGUUCCUAUAUAUAUUGUUUCAUACGUACGCAAUGAUUGGGCGUAAAGUCCAGUUAGGGUUACUUGAACCAUUAGAACGACCACAAACUCCCAACAUAACAACAGACACUGAUAUGCUAAAGAAGAAAAUAUAUUUAAUAUAUAAUUGUUGUUGUUAAAAAUGUCCUAUUAAUAGAAAACGUAUUACUAUGGUAGCAAACUCACAACUGUACAUUCGUAUGUAUGUACACUGUAUAUAUCUUUUUGCAUGACGCUUUUCUGACAUGCAUCGCCAAAUACUAUCUUGUACGACCUCAUGAUAAGAACAAACGAGGCUUUUAUAAAUAUCAAUUCUAUGUAACAAUUAUUUCUCAAAAUGAAAUUAUUUAUUCCUCAAUUUCCAGAAUGAGUUGUUACUGGAUACCAGGACAUUUUAACUCACUCUAAGAAAUAGAAUAUUCAUGGAAGUAUACUCAGAAACGUCGAAUCGUGUUUGAAUGAGCGGGGAAAAUAAAACAUUUUCCUCAAGAUAAUAACUGAUACGAAACACACGUUGAAACUAAAAAAACAUUUUUUUUUUAAAUGAACGACAACAAUGAAAUACCAGUAAUCUUAGCUAUAAUUAUAUAUCUCGUUUAGAGACCUUCCAAAGUGUUUUACCAUUGUAAGAUAUUUCUGACAAACAAUUUCUAAAAUUAGAUAUUAAAUACAUUUUCCUGUUUAUAAUAUCGCUGUCCGUAUAUCUGUUUUUCGGGUCACAGUAAUGUUUGUAAAGUCAAGUCAUACGGUUUAAGGUGCACAUUCAGAGCAAGCUGUUUUAAAUAGUGCACGUCUGUCAUGGGCACAGGUGCGGGCCUCAGCCAGUUGCUCCGUCCAGGACAAGAAAGGGCUAGGGAGGGAGGGAGAGAGGACCGCCCGCACUGGCAGGUCCAAAGAGAAUACCAGCAGCCGAACCAAUAUCGGUAACAGUUGGUUUUGGUGCUAUGAAAUCUGAAAUGUUACGUAGGAUUAAUACCAAAGGGGAAAAUGUGAUACUAUAUGGUUUUUUCUAAGGUAUGAAAUUAUUGGGAGUUAAAAUCCAGUUUGAGCUUACUGCAGAUAUCGGGACGACCACAAAAACACAUUGAAUGUACAGACAACGAUAUUAUAGGCAAGAAAAUGUGUUUAAUGUAAGUCUCGGAAACAUUUUACAAUGGCAAUAAUACAAACACAGAACAGUCUCUGUACAUAAUAAAUAUUCAUAUAGUUUUGUUGUGAUAAAUUAGAAACAAAAUGAAGUGAGUAAGAUCAGCCUAUAUUACUUUGUUACCAGUGGCGGAUCAAGAAAAUCCAUUUAGGGGGGCCCCCAAUGACGUGAGGCGGAAUGGCAAGGGAACUUUGGAGGGAGGUUUGGAGGGGGAUCGUAAAAAAUGUUUUAAACAAAUUAAUAUAUAAUAAAAUUAUAACUGUCGCAAACGUUAGGAGGACGGGACUCUGCCCUCUCCUCCCUCUAGAUCCGCCUCUGGUUACCAAAACUGUUUCGACUUUGGUAUGAUCCCUGUUAAUAAUGAGAGAACAAAAUUACGCCUCUGUUGUGAAAGGGAAGUAACUCGUGUACGUUCAGCGACAAACUAGCAACGCUAACGUUCGCGAACGAUUAGACUGGUUACCGAUAUUAGCCCUCUACAUUGCGACCGAUUUGGUGACGUAAGUGACAGACUCUUUUGUUUGUUUGUUGGGGUUUUUUCAUUUGGCGACUAAAACAUUUCAUACUACCUAUAUAAAAACACAAGUAGGCGCCAUCUGGCUCCUAGGUGGAACGGUUAACGUAGGGGGCUGGAUAUGGUCAUGUUGUUUAAUAUGAGUCACGUAACCCAGUCUAGCGAACGUUUUAAAGCCAUAUCUGGCUGAACUCUACCAAAGAUUUUGCUUCUGUUCGAGGUAUUUGCUAAUACUGUCUUUCAAACUGUUUGUGAUAUUACUUCUUCUUUCUUGCGAACUGUCCUUCACGAUGAAUACUUGAAACCUGUGCAGAAAUUCUAAAUGUGAUCUCUCGCCAAUUUUCAUGACAAAAAGGAGACAAAAUUAUGAAAAUAUACCAAAUAUAUAUUUUAUUUUUUUCUGAGAUAGUAUUAAUAUUAUAGAUUUAUAUAUUUACCAGACCAUAUAUGGUUAGUGCUUUCAGAUAUUGCUUAUGUAUCACACAUUUUUUUAUUUGUCCUAGAAUGUUUUAGUUAUUAUAUAUUAGAGAUUAUGAGCAAUUCAGUGAGUUUAAUUUUUUUUUUUCUUAUAGAAUAAAAGUUAUGUUGUCUUA